AUGAGGUUCGUCUUCGACUUUGAUACUUUGAAUAAUGAUUCUCGGUUAACUCAGAUCAACAGUGCCCGUCGACGUAACGGCAAAGCUGCCUCAUGCGAGCCUUGUCGACUGGACAAGGUGCGGUGCGACCACGCAUUACCUGUUUGUACCCGGUGCAAGCACCGUGGAAUUUCAUCUCGAUGUUUUUACCACCCGGCACCGCUUACUAAACGCCAGGGAGAACGCAAAUUCCCAUUGGCAGAAGGUGUACCUUUUGACCGCACUGCAGCGUCAACUGUGUCUAAAAACUCUCAACCUAACAAGGAGUCUUUCAAUUCUGAAUUGACUGCAUCUAGCGGCCUUGUACCAACAGCUGGGAGGUUAUCCCGAAAGAAACCUAUCUUAUCCGGCUAUUUUGGCCCUACAAGCUUUGUUUCUCCCUUGACAGAUGCAGUCGAUGUUGACCUAGCCUCGGAUAGUCAAAGUUUAGAACUAGAGGCCACACAGCGUGUCCUACCUCCAUAUUGGGUACAGAAAAUUUCCGAAAUAUUGUUGACUCUCGGUGACUUUGCCAUCAUUGAAAGCCUCAUUCGGGAUUACUAUGUCCUAAAUCAAAGUGCUGUUAUACCAGCACCAUUCGUGUUGAACAGUUUGGACCCUCUGAGAACUAUGUGCAAGCAAUGCAUUUCAAUCAAGAGUCUUGAUGAUUUAACAGCGAGCAUUACCGUUCCCAUCAUUCAGAAUACUGCUGAAAUAUUCUCAGUCCCUCCUUCAACAGCUGGGAAGGACUUUCAUACUCUAUUCACUGGCUCAUCAAUCCGGCUGGAAAUUAUUGGGGUUAUAUGCUCUCUUGCUGGUCGUGCCGGAUAUCAUGGACUAUCUCGUAGUCAAUUGGAUGAUCCAACAGUACGAUCGCAGUUUGCACAAAAGAUGCUUGCAGCCAGUGAUGCUGCUCUGUAUAUUUGCAAGAUUUUAACCCCACUGAAUGAUCUAACGAUAUGGCUGGUUUAUGAGAAUCUGCUGCUCUCAGACAUAGUAAAUGGCGACUCCAGUCCUCAUGGUUGGAACCGACUGGGUGAGCUUUCUACUGACAUAUUCGCUCUUGGCAUCCAUCGUGACUUGAAAAGCUCAAGCGAGAUGCCCGAAUUUCUUCUCGAGUCUCGUCGCCGGCAAUUUGCUGCAGCAUAUCAGCUAGAUAAAACCAUUGCCACAUUUCUUGGCCGACCACCACGGAUGCCGUUACGAUAUACUGAUUGCAGGAUGCCCCUUGAUAUCAGCGAUGAAGCGCUUGCAACCGAAGAUACAACCUUGACUUGUUUGACAGAAGACCUUGAUUCAAAUAAUUGGAAUCUACAGCCCCUAUUUCAGCGAUCAUCAUGGAUAAGAGUACGAUUUAUCAUAUGCACUUUUCGUGAUGAGGUUCUUGAGCUCUCACUGCAGAGAAUGACACCUGAAAUCACCAAUUCUCUCAAUGAUAUCUCCUGUCGCUGCCAUGUAGCCUGGGAGUCACUACCUCCUCACCUACGCUAUACUCCAGAAUGUUGGAACAAUGAAUCUCCAGUAGUAGUGUGCCUGAUGCUCAUCAUCUCUUUUCUCGCAUACCUCUAUAAUGAAUUCCUCGUUCAACGUCUGUUAGCAGGGAAGUACAACCCCCACGGAAGUAAAGCCCUGUUGUCCGUGAGCGCAAGAAUUCUUUCAACCGUCCUCACCUUAGGAACACAACGCGAGCAGAUGCUCGAUCUUCGACCAGAUUUUACAUGGACUAUCUUACUCUAUGGGUUUCCAAGUGCGAGUCUCCUGAUCAAAGCCCUACAGCACCAAAAGAGAACAGGAGAGACAUUUCUCUAUGAAGGAUCGAGGUCGGCUUUGAUUCGAAACCUAAGCGUCUUCAUCUCCCAUCUUGAAACUACUGUUCGCCCUGAUAAUGCAAAUUAUGCUUUGUUUCAACGGGCAAGUCAGGUUUUCUCGAAAAUUAUCGAUGAAAUUUUAGAACCGGAGACCGCUAUGGUGGAUUCUGAUCCUACAGGUGAUUCUCUAAUUAGGAUUGAUCAAAUGAAUAGUGUCGAUGAUAUGGAUCUAUUAAAUACGAUGGACUUUGGGGCUGUAUUCAAUCAAUGGCUCAUUUGA